AUGGCACCAGCCCGCGUUGCAGCGCGGUGGCACAGCCAGCCUCAGCCGGCGCUGGCCAGAGGCUCCUGCCAGACGUGGGCUCCGAGCAGGGCAGAAACGCCGCGUCAGCGCCGGGGGGGCACCGGCAGCACCCCGGGGACCCCCGCCCAGCCUCGCCGCAGCCCCGGCUCGGCCGGCUCGCCAGGCGGUGGCUCCGCUCGCCGGCACACAAAGCGGCGCGGCCGCUCGGGGGGCUCGCAGCCCCCCCAGCCCCGCCGGCUGCCGCGGCGGCCCCCGGCCGCGAGGACAGCUGUGACCCCGGCAGGACAAAGGGACCCCGGCCCCGGCGGGGCUGCCGGGGGCACCUGUUGGGGUCGGGGCGGCCGCCGGGCCCGGCCUUUGUGCCGGGGCUGCCGCAUUGUGCGGCGCGCCGGGGCCGGGGGGCCCUCGCCGCCCCCCGCUUUUGUCUGCGCCGGCGAGACCCCGACACCCACCCUGCCCGACCCCACCCCGCCCGCGGGGGCUCCCCUUUGCCAGGCUGGCCUCGGUGACCGCCACUCCGGUGGCACCGACCCGCGACCGCCGCUUGUCCCCGGCCAGAGGCGGCGGCUGGGUGGGCACCGCGCUCCGCCCGAGGGAUGCCCCGGCGGGGGGGUCACCUGGCACGGCCCCCGGCCCUGCCCCGCUCCGUUCCGGUCACGGCCGGGCUGGGGUCGCUGUCCCGCUGCCGGGGUCCCCCCGACCGCCACCGGCCAGGAGGAGCUGCGGUGUCACCGAGCCACCGCCCCGGGAAGGACCCGCGGGGGCCGCGGCCGGCGGGAGGAGGAUGCUCCGUCAGAGCUGCCGCUGCCGAGCCGGGAUGCUGCGGGCGGUCCUUGUCCCGGCGGGCACCUUGGCCCGGCCCGGCCCGGCCCGGCUCGGCACGGGCACUGCGCGGCCACGCCCGAGCGGGCGCGGGGCGCUGCGGAGGGUCCCGACGCGGGCUGCGGGGACUCGGGGGUCCCAUCGCCGCUCCCAGGGCCCCGUCACCCCCGGAGCUGGCCCCCAGGUCACUGCGGCAGGAGGCCGGAGCGGCGGUCACCGACACCGGGCCGCUGCCAGCCGGGGGGGCCGGGCCGGGGGUCCCCGCCGGAGAACCGGGCCGGCCCCGGUGUGGGCCGGGCCCGGCGGGACCCCCGCCGCCCCUCGCCCCCCACGGCCCCGCCGCCCCGGGGUCCCGCUCCGCCGCGCCCCGCGCACCUGCUGCUCCGCUGCCCAUCGCGACAGGGCGCCGACGAGGGAGCCGGGCCCGCUCGAGGAGGAGCAGCCGUGCCCGGCGUCACACCCUCCCGAGGCGAACCCCUCGCGCUGUCGCGACACCAUCGCCUGUCGCGACAGGUGUGUCGCCAUGGGCAUCCCCACGGUCCCCACCGCCGCCGGCACCUGUUCCCAGCAGGAACCUGCUUCCACCGGCACCGGCACCGGCACCGGCACCGGCGCCGGCAGGGCCGCGCCAACGCCGCGCCGCAGCACCCGCUGGGACCCGGCCCCCGAAGAGGGGCCCCCAAGCCCCCAGUAGCACCAGGAGGGAGGGGAGGCGGGGGCCCUCGCCCCUCGCCGCCGUCGGUCCCGGCACCUCGGAGCGCGCGGCUCGCUGCCAUUAGCCAGCACCCCGCAGCGAGCGCGGCCCCGGAGCCCGCGCCUUUCACAGUUAGAGAAGAGACAGCGACGGGCCCGGGCCCCCGGGAGCCUCCCCGCGCCCUAGCACCAGUCCCUGCCCCGCCGGGCACCGGGGCCGCACCGGGGCCCCGGAGCAGUAGCACCAUCCACCGCACCGCCAGCACCUGCCCGCGCCGGGCCCGCCACACCGACCGAGGGCAGGACCCCCCCCCCACCGCCGCCGGGGCACCGGGGGACGCCCUGCCGGACGCCACGUACGCAGAAGAGCACCAGUACGCUGUGGGGUGGCGCCGGCGGGGCAGGGGGGCACCGCCGAGGCGCUUCCGUUCGGGACAGAAAAAGGUUAUUGCAUGA